UCCCGCGACCGCCGUUUUUAGUUCGAGUAGAAGGCUCAUCAAGUCUGUGGAGCGGGGUCUUCCUGGGCGCCGACCCCUGGCAUUGAACGUCAAGAAGAUAUAGCUGGAGAGGGACUGUGGUCUGAAAUGGCUAAGGAGAAAGAAGAGAGAGACUUGGAAAAAUUUCUCAAGAAUGUGGAUGAAAUCUCUACUUUGGUUCAGGACCUGAAUUCUGAUGACUUCGAUGUAUGCGAAAGGGCCAUGGAUGAGGCAGAAAAGAGACUGCAGCUCCAGGAGGACCAAGAGGAAGAUGAAUGCAGGACCAUUUUAAACAAAACAAUGAUUAGUCCUCCUCAAGUUCCUACAGAGCAGGUGGAUGUGGAUGAUACAAACCCAGAUGGCUUCAUGAAAAUACUAGAGAAGGAUGCCAGAGAACGAGCUAAGAGAAGAAAAGAAAACAAAAGCCUAGCAAACGCCUUCAAAGAAAAGGGGAAUGAAGCUUUUCUGAAAGGUGAUUAUGAGAUGGCUGUCCAUUACUACACGGAGGGGCUAAAGAAGCUUAAGGAUAUGAAAGUGCUAUAUACCAAUCGGGCUCAGGCUUAUAUGAAACUGGAAGAAUAUGAAAAAGCUCUGGUGGAUUGUGAAUGGGCUCUGAAGUGUGAUGAAAACUCUACAAAAGCAUAUUUCCACAUGGGAAAAGCUCACCUGGCCCUGAAGAACUACAGUAUGGCCAGGCAAUGCUACCAGAAGAUCUUAGAGAUAAACCCCAAAUUGCAAGUACAAGUUAAGGACUCCCUCAAUAAAGUAGACCAAAAAGAAAAGGCAGAAUUACAAGAGAAACUAGCGCUACAAGAGCUGAAGUCAGGAAAGGAAGCAGCAGUGACCACCAAGAACUUGCUCGAGGCUCUCUCAAACCCUGAACAGAUCCCUUUGUUCUAUGCAGGGGGUGUGCAGCUCCUCACAGAACUCAUGGAGGAUUGCACAGAAAAAACUUUAUUUAGGACACAUAAUGGAUUCAGUAUCAUCAAUGACAACAAGGUCAUAAAGCGGUGCUUUGCCACAGAAGAAAAAGAUGAAAUUGAAGAGAUUCUUUGUAUUGCUGUUCUCAAACUCUGGCAUGCGGUAUGCACUGGGAAUGAAGAGAAUCAGCACCUAUUACUAGCUCAUUCUGACAUGGACAUCCUGCUGCCUGCCUUCCUCACUUCAAAAGUGCCAUCCAUUCAGCAGCAUACCUUGUCCCUUCUACUCCUCUUCUGCCAGACUGAGAAUGGAAGAAUCUUAGUCUUGAGCCAUAUGGACUUGGCCAGGUUGCUGCAAGCCUUGGUUUUAUUUGUCAAUAUUUCAGAAGAGAAGGAGUCCCGAACUGCAAUGCAACUACUAACUGACUUAGCCCUAGAGGAAAGAUUCAAAACCUUGGUACAAACCAACCUACCUGCUCUUCUCACGCUCAUAAGUAUCCUGAACAUUCCCGAGAUUGCCUAUCCAUCAACUCUUCUCCAGUGCGUUGCCAUCAUGGGAAACCUCAGUACUGAUGCUACCAUCAGGAAACAGAUGUCUGACUGUGAAGAAUGCUGGGAUGCAUGCUUCAGACUCAUGGCAAAGUGUGAGGAAAAUGUAACCCUGUUUCGAGAAACCUUAUAUGCAACCCUAGGUUUCAUGAUGAAUUUGUCUCUGGAAUCUGUGUCUAUAACAGAGGUCUUAGCAGAGCAGGUGAGCAGGAAGUGUGUGUCUCUACUGAACAGUGAAGAUGGUGGAAUCCUGACAAGAGCUGCUGGGGUUCUGAGCCGGGUCCUCUCUGCCUCUAUGAAAGCUGUUGAGGAGGCAGUUCAGGCAGGUCUGAUGAAGGUGAUGAUUAAGUUUCUAAAGGCUGGAGGCCAAACUGCAUCACGCUAUGCCAUAAAGAUACUAGCAGUCUGUACUAAUAUUAAUUACCUCGCUCGAGAAGAAGUAACAAGACUUGAUAAAAAGUUUUGUCUUUUGAUCAAGCUGCUUGAGGCAGAAGAUGAAAUUAUUGCGGGUAAUGCAGCUCUCUGCAUUGGUAAUUGUGUAGAGGUGCCUGGAGCCUCUUCUGCGGUGCUGAAGUCUGAUAUCGUAAAGAUCUUGUUAAAACUCGCAGGUGGGGAUGCGAAGGAAGCCUCUGUGCAGUUGAAUGCGGGAAUUGCUCUGGGAAAACUCUGCACAGCUGAACCAAGGCACACUGCUCAUCUUGAAGAGCUUCAUGGGAUAGAGAUCCUCAACUCAACUAUGAAAUACAUCCAAAAAAGUUGAGAGACGUCUCAUUAUGCCUGUAUUUUAAGAGAUGUUCACUCUAUAUGGUUGAUCUUGUUCUCAUGGUAAUAAAAUUAUUUUAAUAUA